AUGGCUCGUGCUCUUGUGCUCAGCUUGGUGCUGGCGUUCUCUUUAGCAGACGCAACUCCUUGCGCCGGCUUGUACGGUGCUGAGAGCCUCCAAUGCGCCUGGGAAGAGGAUGUGAAGAGCUGCUUGGAGACCAGCUGCCGCGGGUGUGGCGGUGAGCAAUGCCAACUUUGCCGUGAAGAUGCGCAGAGGAUCGACACCUGCUGCCAGGAUCACUGGCACUCGGUGGAUCCGCCGCAGAUGUGCAAGGAUGCCAAGGCAGACCUGGAACCCAAGAAUCCUUGCGAUGGCUUGUACGGCCUCCAAUGCGCCUGGGAGCUAGAUGCCAAAAGCUGCGUGGCGGCCGCCUGCCAGGGUUGCAGUGGCGAGCAGUGCCAGCUGUGCAACCAAGAUGUUCAGAGGAUCGCCAGCUGCUGUGACGAGCACUACCACUCCGUUGAUCCGCCGCAGAUGUGCAAAGACUCCAAGGAGGAAGCUGUUACCAACUGCUUUGACAGCAAGUGCCGCGGCUGUGGUGGUGAGCAGUGCCAACUAUGCCGUGAAGAUGCUAAGAGCGAGUGCUGCACUGGAUCCAUGCGGACGCCUUCCUGCGAAUCUUCCAAGGCCGUUCUUCCAUAA